GAGGGGAGGAGGGAUGCGUGGGGCGGGGGCGUCCUCGUCGUCGUCCUCGUCGUCUCUGGGGCCAGGGAGCCCUCUUCCCCCCGAAGCCCCGGCUGCAUAAAGAGCCCCGCCGCAGCCCUGACCGGCGCCCCAGCUGCCUGCCUGGUGCCUUGGUGGGGAGCCGAGGCUCCGGGGCUGGGUGCGGGAUGCGUCUGCUGGAGGCCCGGUUCCUCCUCCGCCGCCGCCGCUGUAGUCCGGAGGAGCAGAGCCGGGGAUGCUGCUUGGCGCCGGGGAGGAUGGCGAGGCCUCGGAGGAUGCAGCCCGGAGGGAGAGGGCCCCCUCGGCCUUAGCCCCAGCGGAGGAGGAGGAGGAGGAGGAGGAGGAGCAGACAAAGGAGAGCCCGGGAAGAAGGAGGAGAGGAGCAGGAGGACCGGGGGCCAGCAGGGACCCAGCCAGGCCCAGCAGGAGGAGAGGCGCCGCAGCCCCGGCUGCCCCCAGCGCCCCUCGGCUGCCGACCCGCCCCUGCCCCUCGGGGCCACUCUCUCAGCCCUCCAGGCCCAGCAGGGGCCCCAGUAGGAGCCUAGGGCAGCGCUGCCCACCCUCCGAGGAAGGCCCAUAGAAAGGAAGGCAGGCGGGCCCUGCCUGGGCCCUGGGUGGCCUCUCCCUUUCCCCACCUCCCCUCCCCAGAUCUCUCGGAGGAGCUUCCUUGUCUCCCUGCCUCCCUUCUGCCGGGGAUGGGUGUCCCGGGGGCCUCCGCGGGCGCCGGGCCCUGCUGCUUUUGCUGCUGCUGCUGCUCCAGGGCCCUCCAGGGCCCCAGCUAGGCCCCUCUCGACCCCCUCCCGGCCCCCUCCCUUCCCCCGAGGGGCGUCCAUGAUGUUCAAGUACCGGAUCCGCAUGUUCUUCAACGAGCUGAAGCUGCUGGUGCUGAUGCGUCGGGGCCGGCGGGAGGAGCCCGGCCGGGAGGACUCGGCGGGGGGCAGCCCGGGCCCCGGCUGCGGAUGGGCCCCCUUCGCCGACUGCGCCGCCCGGCAGGACGACGAGGCCGACUACUACGGCAGCGGGGCCGGGGGCACGGGGGCCAGGCCCAGGAGCCUGGCCCUGGAGGAGAAGGAGCCCCGGCCCCAGCCCGCCCCCAACGGACAGCCCCCCGCCAAUGCCAAUGCCCCGCAGAGCGGCCCGGCCCUGGACGCCGUCUCCCUCAGCAGCAGCCUCGACAGCGGCAUGAGGACCCCGCAGUGCCGCAUCUGCUUCCAGGGGCCCGAGCAGGGGGAGUUGUUGAGCCCGUGUCGCUGUGAUGGGUCCGUCCGUUGCACCCACCAGCCCUGCCUGAUUCGUUGGAUCAGCGAGAGGGGCUCCUGGAGUUGUGAGCUGUGCUAUUUCAAGUACCAGGUCUUAGCCAUUAGCACAAAGAACCCCUUGCAGUGGCAGGCCAUUUCCCUGACAGUGAUUGAAAAGGUGCAGAUUGCAGCAAUCAUCUUGGGUUCGCUCUUCCUCAUCGCCAGCAUCUCAUGGCUCAUCUGGUCAUCCCUUAGCCCCUCAGCCAAAUGGCAGCGGCAGGACCUACUUUUCCAGAUCUGCUAUGGGAUGUACGGCUUUAUGGACAUUGUGUGCAUAGGUCUGAUUAUCCACGAGGGAUCCUCUGUGUAUCGAAUAUUUAAGCGCUGGCAGGCGGUGAACCAGCAGUGGAAGGUGCUGAAUUAUGACAAGGCCAAGGACCUGGGGGAACCAAUUGGUGGGAGCACAAAGCCCGGAGGGCGGAAUUCACGGACGAACCCUUCCUCAGGGAGUGAGAGGAACUCCCAACGGGGCCAGCGGGUUAGGACUAUUUUGAACCAUCACUGUGGUUACACAAUUCUGCACAUUCUCAGCCACCUGCGGCCUAACGAACAUCGUGGGGGCUCUGGUUCCAGCCGUGAGGUUGUUAUGAGGGUGACGACUGUAUAAUAACAGCCUAUGGGGCCUUUGCCAAGUGGGAGAGGCUCCGCUGUUCCCAUGAAAGGAAGAGGCCCAUGCCUUCACUUCCGCACAGGCUCCGUUUUGAGCCCCUACAGGGCAGACCGCACGCUGUAUACUGUCCGAUGCAGGGGGUCCUGGGAUCUGUGGCAUUGCCGCGGACCCUGCCCGCCUCUUCCUCAUUGUGCGUGGGGAGUGCCUCAGCUGGGUUGCACCUUCCUACCCUCCCAUCAAUGUGAAUUAUUUUCUUCCCUCUCCUUCCAGGCUUGUGGUAAAAGGAGAGACCUCCUCCUCUCAGCUCUCCUUGUUAUGACUAAAUUCCUUGGAAGUGUGAUGGGGUUUUAUUUAUUUGAUUUUUUAAAAACCGCUCCUACCGGGAUCCUUCUGGAUGUGUUGUGGUGCCGAACGGCCCAGAAAUUUGAAAACAUUUUUACCUCAUCUUUCAACGGAAAUCCUGCCAGAAGACCCAUGCCUUUCCAGCCAUCCCAUUGGUCUCUCUCUGUCCAGGAGAUGCCAACCAGAGAGGUUUUGAACUUUUACCCAUCCAAAAAAAAAAUAUGGUGCAAUAAACAUGUUUCUUAAAGCAAAAUGGCAUUUCGCAAUAAGAUACCUGUACAUUUCAUCUUUAAUUUAAUGCAUGAAAAUGGG